CUGUGGGUGUCCUUUGGUUUUCUUUCUUUAUUAUAUACAGACAUCCCAUUAUUCAAGAGACAGAGAGAGAUGACCACUGCAAGAUUCAUCAAAUGUGUUACCGUCGGCGACGGAGCCGUUGGCAAGACGUGCAUGCUGAUCUCGUACACUAGCAACACCUUCCCCACUGAUUAUGUGCCUACGGUGUUCGACAAUUUCAGUGCUAAUGUGGUGGUAGAUGGCAGUACGGUUAACCUUGGGCUUUGGGACACGGCAGGCCAGGAGGAUUACAACAGGCUGAGGCCUCUGAGUUACAGGGGUGCUGAUGUUUUCUUGUUGGCAUUUUCUCUCAUUAGCAAAGCUAGCUAUGAGAAUAUCUCAAAGAAGUGGAUUCCUGAGCUAAGGCAUUAUGCUCCAACUGUGCCAGUUGUGCUAGUAGGAACCAAACUAGAUUUGCGCGAGGACAAGCAGUAUUUGACUAAUCACCCCGGAGCAACCGCAAUCACUACUGCUCAGGGUGAAGAACUCAAGAAGAUGAUCGGUGCCGCUGUUUAUAUAGAGUGCAGCUCAAAGACCCAACAGAAUGUGAAGGGCGUAUUCGAUGCUGCGAUCAAGGUGGUUCUGCAGCCUCCCAAGCAAAAGAAAAGGCGGCGAAGGCCUAGGCCAUGCGUGUUUCUUUAAUAACUCAAUUUAUAAAUGUUAAAAAUCGACCUAAAUUGUAUCAAUGAGUGAAAAUCGUAUUUGAGGUAUUGUGGCAAACUUAAAAAAUAUGUAAUGAUUUUUUCCUCUUCCAAUUUGGUUACCUUUUCAUUAACCAUCAUUUUUAUUUGUAAUAAUAAUAAUAUUGUUCAUUUAUACUCCUUGAGGAAUUACAGACUUUAUUCUCCUCUAA